GUGAACUUUGGAGAGUUAAUGAAACACAAUGAUUUACAUUUGGACAACCCUCAUCUUGGCCUUCACAGCCCACGCAUCGACUGAAUUUAAUGUCAGUCCAGGUUUGAGUGGAAACGAGAGCGAAGGCAUCUUUCAACUGAUCAUAAUUGCCGAUAUGAACUUGACAUUGGACGUAACAACUGCUGGAACCGCAACAGCCGGUGCAGACUAUGUACCAUUGCCUAAUGUUCUCAAUGUAACUGAUGGACAGCUGAAUAUUACGGUUUCAAUAAUCAAUGACGAUGAAAAUGAGGAACCGGAGACCCUGAUUAUCACCCUGACGGACCAGGCCAAAGGAGUCGACGUAACCGUUGAGUUCACUAUCGAAGAUGAUGAUCCUGUUACCUUCACCGCUUCGGAUUCUGUCUUCGAGGAGGGCACACUAGCUAUGAUCAACCUCACCUGUGCAUUUCCAUCUGGGUCGAGUAGUUUGACUUUUAAUGUUUCGGCUUCAGGCGGCACUGCUACAGCAGGUGUGGAUUAUAUGUACUCACCGACGCAAUACACUUGUACUUUGGUUUCCAGUAUUGUGUCUGUUAUAAUACCACUGACUGAUGACGCCGAACGUACUUCUGACAAGACGUUUAGCCUCAGUGUGGACACAGGGUUUUCAGUAGCAGGAGACGUAGUUGUUCCCGUCACAAUACUUGAAAACGCGAUUGGAUUUGAUGUCACUCUCGUUGGGAGUGGAGACGAGGCCGCAGGCCCUAUACAACUGGAAAUACAGGCCUCUACGAACUUGACAUUAGACGUAUCAACUUCUGGAACUGCAACAGCCGGUAUAGACUAUGUACCAGUGUCUGCUACUCUCAGUGUAAUAUCUAAUCAACCGUUUCAGCAACAGAUUUCAAUAAUCGAUGACGAUGAAAAUGAGGAACCGGAGACCCUGAUUAUUGACCUGGCGGACCGGGCCACAGGAGACGUCACAACCGUUGAGGUGAUUAUCCAAGAUGAUGAUCCUGUUACCAUCACUGCUUCGGAUUCUGUCUUCGAGGAGGGCACACUAGCUAUGAUCAACCUCACCUGUGCAUUUCCAUCUGGGUCGAGUAGUUUGACAUUUUCUGUUGUGCCUUCAGACGGCACUGCUGUAGCAGGUGUGGAUUAUACCUUCUCAGCGACGCAAUACACUUGUACUUUUGGUGCCAGCAUCGUGUCUGUUAUAAUACCACUGACUGAUGACACCGAACGUACUUCUGACAAGACGUUUAGCCUCAGUGUGGACACAGGGUUUUCAGUAGCAGGAGACGUAGUUGUUCCCGUCACAAUACUUGAAAACGAUCCGCUGUGUAACCCUCCUUGUCAGCAUGGGGGAGUCUGCGCCGUGUCAGGAUGCAUGUGUCCGGAUGGUUACACUGGGAGCCAUUGUGAAUCAAAGGAUUGCUGAUUCUCGAAUUGCCGUCCAGUACAUGCAGGCAGUCAAUGCGGUGUUUCUAAAACAUCAUGUUGUUGUCACGAAACUUCGUCGUUUUCAUGUGUGUAACAGGACCAAUAAAAGCUUACAAACAAAC